AUGUUGAAAAAGGUACCAGAUGUGCAAGAAUGGAGCAUGAAUCUAGAGAAAGUUUCGUUGAUGGGGAAUCAGUGGUUACAUAUACCUUUAGAAAUGUCACCCCCAAAGUGUCCCAGGCUCACAACAUUGUUGUUGUCUCAGUGCAAUAUAGUAAGUAUUCCAGAAGGAUUUUUCAAGCAUAUGGAUGCACUUAAGAUUCUUGAUCUUUCCUGGAAUCCUAUCAAGAGUCUUCCGCAUUCCUUAUCAAAUUUGAAGAACCUCACUUCACUGUUGCUUGAUUGUUGUGAAGAUUUAGGGAAUGUUCCAUCGUUGUCAAAUCUUGGAGUUUUAAGGAAGUUGGAUCUUCGAGGAACAAAUAUCAAAGAAAUCCCUCAUGGGAUGGAAAAUUUGGUGAGUCUCGAGCAUCUAAAUCUGGAUCAGUCAAAGAACCUAAAUGAGAUCCCGAAUGGAGUACUUUCAAGACUCUGUUGUCUUCAAGACUUGAUCGUCGGUGAAACUCUGAUAAAUGGAAAGGAGGUUGGUGGAUUAAAGAAACUGCAGGGAACUCUUGGAGGGAGGUUUUAUGACCUGCACAACUUAAAUAUGUAUCUCGAAGCUUGUCGUGGCCGAGAACAACCACGUCAAUUCAGAAUCUUUGUGGGAGAUAUGGACUUUCCUAAGUUUUCUGAAGUUGUGAGAAAAGCUAUUGUUGCAAGUGGUCGUAACAUCUAUAACUACCAGAUUGUGCUUCCACAUGACAUUGAGGGAUUGCGUAUCUGGUUUUGCAAUGUUGAUUGCAGUGAAGAAUACCCGCUUUUCUCCAGAGUUGGUGGGUGUAAGCAAUUGGAGGAAAUAAUAACAUCAGAAGUUGAACCGGAGGAAAGAGGAAUGGUUAUCACGGAGUUUCAUCUUCCACAAUUAGGGCUAUUGAGUUUGGGGGAUCUACCGGAAUUGAAAAGCAUUUGCAGUGCUGGAGGAGUACUGGUUUGUGAUUCUCUUCUACAAAUUGAGAUUGUAGACUGUCCAAGAUUAAAGAGGAUGGGUCUUAAUCUUCCCAAAUUUGAUAAUGUCCCACCAUCUGCAUCUGCAAAUCUUUCUCUUUCAGUUCGGAUAAGACCAAAGGAGUGGUGGGAAUCAUUGGAAUGGGAUGGUCCCCAACCCAAGUCUCUUUUGGACCCCUUCGUCAUUGUGCUUCCAGGUGACAUUGAUGGAUUGGAUAUUGGGUAUUGCAAUGUUGACAAUACUAUAGAUAUAUGA